AUGGGAACAAUAAAUCUACCAAAAAGGCCUCAUGCUGUGUGUCUCCCAUUCCCAGCUCAAGGUCACAUAAGCCCAAUGAUGAAGUUUGCAAAGCUCCUACAUCACAGAGGCUUUCACAUAACCUUUGUCAACAGUGAGUACAACCACAAACGCUUGCUCAAAUCCCAAGGCCCCUCCGCUUUCUACAUCUCCCAGGACUUCUGUUUCGAAGCCAUCCCCGAUGGUCUGCUCCCUAUGGACGCUGAUGCUACGCAAGACAUCCCGUCUCUUUGUGACUCCACAAGCAAGACUUGCUUAGGACCAUUUCACAACCUGCUUGCUAACCUUAGUCUAGACAAGGCCCUCCCACCGGUGACCUGUAUUGUCUCGGAUGGUAUCAUGUCAUUCGCCGUCAAAGUGGGUGAAGAUCUUGGAAUUCCGGUGGCGCUGUUCUGGACUGCAAGUGCAUGUAGCUUCACGGGCGUCACUCAUUAUCGUCAACUUAUUGACAAAGGUCUUACACCACUCAGAGAUGAGGCUUCUCUAACAAACGGGUAUUUGGACACCACGGUAGACUGGAUUCCAGGAAUGAAGGAUAUUCGUCUGAGAGAUCUCCCAAGCUUUCUACGUACCACAGAUCCAGAAGACGUGAUGCUAAGCUUCGCCUUGGGGGUGGUAGAAAGAGCAUCCAAAGCUUCUGCUAUCAUCUUAAACACUUAUGACACAUUGGAAUAUAAAGUGUUGGAGGCUCUUUCUUCAAUGUUUCCUCCAAUUUACACCAUUGGCCCCAAUCACUUGCUUGUGAACAAGAUUGUUCCCCAGAACACUAUAUUGUCAUCGAUUGGUUCCAGCCUUUGGAAAGAAGAGCCUGAGUGCCUGCAAUGGCUGGAUUCCAAGGAACCCGACUCGGUGGUUUAUGUUAAUUUUGGGAGCAUUACUGUUAUGACACCCCAACAGCUUGUUGAGUUUGCUUGGGGUCUUGCUAAUAGCAAAAAGCCCUUUUUGUGGACAAUUAGGCCUGACCUUGUGAAGGAUGAUGCAGCUAUUUUCCCAUCGGAGUUCACCCAAGAAACGAAACAAAGAGGUUUGUUGGUCAGUUGGGCACCACAGGAGGAAGUUCUGAACCACCCAUCUAUAGGAGGAUUCUUGACACACAGUGGCUGGAACUCCACCAUUGAGAGCUUGAGUGCUGGAGUGCCAAUGGUUAUAUGGCCGUUUUUUGCGGACCAGCAGACGAACUGUUGGUUCUUGUGCACUCAGUGGGGAGUUGGCUUGGAGAUUGAUAGCAAUGUGAAGAGGAGUGAAGUGGAGAAGCUUGUGCGAGAAUUAAUGUCUGGUGAGAAAGGGAAAGAGAUGAGAAAGAACGCCAUGGAGUGGAAGCGAAAGGCAGAGGAAGCUACUGGUCCAAGAGGUUCUUCAUUACUGAAUUUGGAGAAGUUGGUUAAAGAUGUACUGCUGCAGCCAUCAAAACCCGAGUAG